AUGCGUACCAGAGAGCCAGCACAUCUACCUCUGCACCGCCGCUUGCUCUUUCCUACGUUGGACGCAGAGAGGCCUCUGCCGCCUAUUGUCAUUCCUACAGCGUCGGGGUCCAAGCGGGAUCCAGAGCUCGAGAAGCUCAAUGACCGCCUAUACCACCUCAUAGCGCUCAUUCUCCGCGCCUACGUCCUAUCAUGGUAUCCGCGAUUCUCGAAAGAUCGGUCCCUCCUCCCUACCCUCUCCUCGCAAAUCGUCGUCCCCAUCCUCUCUCCCAUUCUCAGCGGGGUAUACCAUGACCCCAACCGUAUCCUCCAGCUCCUCCUCCUGGAUCUCCCGGCUAUCUUUUCCCUACACUGGUCAACAUACUGGCAAUCUCGCCAAGCUAUCCGAGACACGCCACACCUCUUCACUCCGCGUUCAAGCGACUACAUUGUCGACCCCCAAGGCACAGGACCCGACCUCCUCGGAGACGUAUACCACGCCCGCCUCCCCCUCUUAUCGGUCGUUCCAUCCCCUGGUACGACCUACGCCGAUACCGAAGGCCCUUACCGCCUCCCCACGCCUGGCGGCCAGUACAUCCUCUCUCCACUCUACCUCACCUCACUCGCGGAUGCGCUGAUACGCCUGCACCUCCCGCCGGCCGAGUAUGGCUGUACUGUCGAGCGGGUGAUGGCGCGGGAGAUUGUGGGCCGGGCGGUACUCGGGGCAAUCGGACGGAAGUUGGGGGAAGGGUGGUUUUGGUGGAGUCUGGGCUUGAAGCUCAUGGGGGGUGGGGAGGCGCCGGCGGAGAACUGGCGAGAGAGAGCCGAGAGCGGUAUCGAAUCGAUCUACCGCCUCAUCAUCCGCGUAUACUCCCUCCUCUUCUUCAUCUGGACUUUUGCCGUCUCCCUCUUUGCGCGGUACACCGCCUCACCUCCCUCUCCACCCGCUUACGCACACUGCGCCCAGCCGUGGGCUGUCCUAGCUCGGCAAGUCCUCGGCGUAGACGGCCGGCCUGGAGUCUCUCCGCAGCGGUGGAGCGUCCGGCUGAUCUGGGGCUGCACGGAAGGGAUCAUCACGCUCCUCAGUCCGAUGAUCGACCGGCUCUUACCCCAUCUGCUCCAGAGUCAACUCACACCGGCGCUCUCUCUCCGCUUGAUCGAGGUCGUCGAGAAGGUCCUGUUUCCGCUGGAUGGGUACCCUGCACCUACGCCCCCGGAUCUUACGCCGGAGGAGGCGGUCAUGGUCAGAAAGCAGUUUGAGGAACGGUUGAAAGGGAAGAUACCACGUCACAUACGGGCGGUCCUUCUGCCUGAAAAUCAAGAUAUAAAGCUACUUCUCGAUCCUCUGGAUAAUCCGGGAUGUAACGCCCAUCUGGUGGGCAUGCUGGUAGAUACAAUAGUAGGUGCACUGGAACCGGGUCUGGUAGCGCCAAAAACGCGGAUGUCGGAGGCGGAGGUGGAAGCAUGGUAG